GUGAUGAUCGUCGUCAUCAUCAUCAUCAUAAUCAUCAGUGGGGCAACAGCAGCGCCGCGCAGCACGCUCGCAUAGACCCAAACCCCGCGCGGUGAAAGAGCGCUCGCUCGUAGGAGAAGAAAGAUCCGCUAGAUCACACACCGACCGCACACCGGGAGGAUCCCCAUCCAGCCAGCAGCAGAAGACAGAAGCAGAAGCCGUACCGUGCAUCGGGCCGUGUGGUUCAGUUUUCCGUCUGUCGUUGAGCUGUUAGCAUGCGCGUUUAGCUUUCCUCCCUCGAGAGAAAAGUCCCUUUCUGGUUUUUUUUUUGUUGUUGCGGUUUUCCUUCCGAGGUGGUGACUAGUUGAGACCCCGUCAGUCAGAGUGCAGGCUGUUUGUCACCCGCGAUUUUUGUGUAUGGUGUUCGGUGCGUUUCUGGUGACAAUAAGUUGGGAUAUCCAGGAUUGAUUCAGUGCUGUUCACGAACGGUGUGAAUUGUGUUGCGAAAACGGAUUAAGAAUUGUGGAUUUGUGUGAAUUCAGUGUCUAUUGGAAACAAAUUGUUGGAAUUCCCUCUAAAACAGGAAGUGCGUCAAAUCCCCAUCAAAAGUGCGUCCGAAGACCUUGCAGACCUCGCAGAGUAACAGCAAACAGAAGUGAAUUGUUCAGAAUCCCGGAAAGUGUACCCCGAGUGUAUUUCCAGCCGAGCAAGUGUUCUAUGCUAAUUGGCAUUCCUGUUCGAACAUAGGAAAACGUUGUUCGUUUACAAGCCAUUGAGUGAGUGCGCCAGGGAAAACGGAAAACAAUAGAGUGUGAAGAAAUUCUUCCAGCAAUCACCGCAAACAACAGCAACAGCAGUAGCACCAGCAGAAGCCUUCGGGAAAACCAGCAGUUGUUCCAGCGCAGAACCCAGCCACCAGAGGAAUUAGACAAAAAACGCACGCAGCAAGCAGCAUCGCCCUCCAGGGACGGAGAAAUGAUCCGUCGUGUGACGACCUGUACCUAACUAUCACCUUCCCCUCCAGAGUUUAGUGUCUUUCAUUUUAAAAGCUGCAUUUUUAAAAUAAAAGAGCCUUCUUUAAUCGCACCCUAACGAAGAGCACUCAUUCCAGAGUAAGUACUUCGAAAAUCUCGUAAAAAUCUCGUUACAACACAAAGGCAAUUGUCUUUUGCCGUUCCGGAGUCGUCCAACCGAGGGGCUCGAAAAUUUGCAAUUGCAAUUGCGCAACGGAGAUGACCUGCAGCAGAAUGCGGUUUCUUAUGGUGUCGUCGAUAGUGGUGUGUUGGGUGGCAAUCGUGGUCCGAGCCGACAACCAAACGGAAGCCCCAGCGGCGACAGAAGAGCAGAAGCCCGUGGCGGCAGCCCUGUACGGAGCCGAUGCCGAGCAGAAGGCUAAUGACGACGGGUAUGACUUCUUCUCGAUCGAUCAACUGUUCAUGAACAAUCCGCAGUAUGCGAAGCUGCUUAGCGAUCUACAGGCGCACACCUUCGGAAGCAAUUGGAGGCGGAAAAGGGACGUCGGCGAUGAAGAACCAUCUGCAGAAACUCCCGUGGACUCCCCGGAAGACACAAGCCCGACGUCUCCGAUUGCCGAAAUCACCGAGGUCACCAAGGACAUGAGAGAGACCACCAAGGAAACGAGCGAAACGGUGGAAAACAUCGAAGGUCGAACGACUCCGUUGAAGGCAUCCAGCUCGAUUUCCACGACCACGACUAGCUCGUUUGGAUUCUCCGGUUCUACUGAGCGCACCAGUGAGGAACCCACAAGCGCCGCCCCCAUUCGCAGCAGUACGCCCCGACGACUUGUUCACAAGAACAACAAAACAAAGAACAAGAACACCAACAACAAGAACAGCCAGAACAAGCAACCGCUAGAUCUCCCAAGCACCCUCACAGCCACCAAUGUCAACAAGUUCACGGUGACGAACUCUCCGUCGGCAACCUCACCGCUAUCGCAGUCCUCUCCGCUAUCGUCAUCGGUCUCGACAGCAGGUUCCACGUCCUCUGCGGCCAUUACUUCGACUCUGACGACCAACCCGGCUAGCAGUAGCAGCAACAUGGCAGCCGCCGCCGCAGCCGUGGCCAACGUGACCGGAGGAAACAACAAAGAUAAGGUUGGCCUGGCCCCGACCAAGUACCACUACUAUCCGCACAAUCAGCACAUCUACUUCCUGCCGGAGUGCGCCAUCCAACAGGUCUGCAAUGCUGUCUACGUCCGGCUAAACUACACGCAACCCCUAUGUGCCUGUCCUCCACGAUACCGCGACCCGUGCUCGGCCAGUCUGAACGAAGACGACAACCACACCAUCAAGCUGGUCGGUAAUGCCCAGCGGAAGGCCGUCACCUUGGCGAAGACGUGCGAGAACACCAACGAACUGCGCGAAUGCCGGGCCCCCAAGGAUUGGUCCAUCCUGGCGCUGCAAAACUCCCGGACCGGCAAGUCCCACUAUCUGGUCAUCUGCAAGUGCCCGCCGCACUUCCGGCUCGAGGGACCCCUUGCCCACGAUCAGCCCACGUACGCCGGUCUGCCCGGUAUCAACGUGUACGGAAUGCUGUGCGUCCCGCCAGAGUCCUACGCCCCGAAGCCCCUGAAGACGCCCAGCUCGCAGUCGAUCUACAACAAGUGGCGACCGGGAAACAACCGACCAUCGGCACCAGUUUCCUCCUACCGCGACACCGAGUACCGAUCGUUCCAGAAUGCCACCGGGGCGACAGCCGAUGCGGAGUGAACCCGAUCUCGCUAGGGGAACCACACCGCCGAUGAUACACACACACACUGAGAGAAAAAGAGAAGGAGAGUUAGCUUCAUUCUCGACAGCCAAACCGAUUAGUCUUCGUGAUUAGUAUUUAUUACAUAUAUUUUUGUAUUUAUUACAUGAAGAGUAUUUAUUUUAUUCGGAGUAAGUUCCACCCGUGUGGAAACUAUUGUUUAUCGAUCGGUACGAAGAGGUAGGCGUUUCAGGGUCUGUAAUUUGCUACAAUGAAGAAUAAUGCACGGAUGGCUACAAAAAAUGUCGUUGGCAAAAGAAAACACUACAAAUGUUGCAAACGUUUGAGUUGUGCUCUUCAGGCCCAUUGGAAUGACUACAAUUAUUAUUUUAAUAAACACCUUAAUUAGUCGUCCUCUUGGACGGAUGCCUACUCGCAUAACUCACCACGUAGGGCUGGAUCGCAAGACGAUGAUUAAUUAACGGAAACCAAUUUUUAAUGAAACAAAACCUGCACUGUUAUUAGGUUUAGAAGAAAAAGUUAUCUCACACGCACAUGUGAAAAUUAAAAUGAACGAACGACAAAAAAACCGAGCGAAAAAUGCACCACAAUAAUCACAUGCUCACACUGCUUCUUUCCACUUCCACCACCGAAGGCCGAUCCUAAAACAAUAGGUAGUAGGCCUUGCGCGCUAAUCAAGCCACCGCCGCCUGACGCUAGCCUUUGUUCUGCGACUCGAGUGACGCAAGUUGACACCUUUCACAUACAGACAACUCUUACUUGCGUCAACUGACUCGCAGAACAAAGUUGGGGGAACUCGGAAUAACACGCGCUUUCUAGGAAAUUACUCGAUUUUAGCCAUGAAAAUGUCCAAUGCAGCGUCUGACACACACAAGUUCGAUAUGUAUGUUUUUUUUUUAAUUACUGAAAACUGUAAAUCAAAUAACGUUAUAGAAGCAAGGAUAUGGAUUUUUGAAAAAUUAAUGGCAAAAUAGCUUAUGCAAAUAAGUGGUUUGAGUUCGGCAAAGAGUUCUCACAUUCUUACAACAGAAAUCUCUUGAAUCUUUUGGCUUGUGGAACUCCAAAUUCCAGAAGUGAGAAGAUUGAAAAUUGAAAAUGCUUUCGAUAAUAGUGCAAAAGUAUAAUAUCAAAAUUCUUUUUAUCAGAGAGAGGGGUGGUUCUUUAUAUCCCAAUGACGCGUAUUCAACCGAUUCCUCUAAUCUAUUUUAUGCACGCGGGCUCCUUUGUUGUCGCGCUCGUUUCACGAAAACCGCAGCAUCUCUCUAUCAGUAUAAUAAUCACUCAACGCUGUCUAUGAUGAACUCUAGCGACGUCGCCGUCACCAGAGCAACUCGGUUGUCAAUGAAAGUAAAUCUUGUUGAACAAAAAAAAAACUCGCAGCGUGUAUCGCUUUCAACUAAAUUGGCUUGAUUUUCCGCGCACACGAUGAGUCGGUGGAGGUGGAAAGAAAACAAAGCACCACCGCAGGCAACAAAAAAAAACCUAAUAGUAAACAAUGAAGAAAAUGAGAGUCACCGUUUUUACUCACUCGAAGCCGACGCUCACGCACAAACAUAAUUAUAAUAGGUACACUAGGAGGCAGAGCGCAAAUUAUAACUUUAUUACUAGAAGGGCAAAAGAGUUUAGUUUCAUUUUAAACCAUCUCCAUAAAGAAAAGACGGUAAUUGCAGUGUAGAAGAGAAAAAUGGAAAAUAUACAGUCAAAAGAUGAAAUUUUCAGAUAUGUAUCUUAGUAGGCGGCACCAGGGUCACCGCGUGUCAGUCAGGGCGAGAGAGAGAUUCAAUUUUCCAAUCGAACCUAACGAGGAGAGAAUCCCACAAUAAAUGUGUUGGCAAAGGCCGGUAAACCUAUCCUAUUACCGUCGGAUUGAAUUCCGAGUGGGUUCGUGAGCAUUGGAUUUCGCUUUCAGCCUAACCCAUGAAGGUAUACUCACACACACUUAUUAGCACUAAAAAAACUUCCGCAGCGGUUUAGAAAAGAUGCAUAAAUUGCGGAAUUAUUAUAAUAGUUAGGCCCUGUUUACAGAGAAGGAAAUUACGAGAGAGGAAACCCUAUUGUAAAUAUAUUUCAUCGCCUUUCUCCCUAAUGCUCUCAAACCCUUAAUUUUCCUUUUUGAUAUUUAUUUUCUAAAUCCACGACCUAAGUUAAAAGAAUCUGGUAAUUAUACAUUUUUAAAAAGUACUAGUUUUAACCCAAGCACUGACAAAAAAUGUGCAGUGCUAUGAGAAAAGAAAUUAUAGCUCUUCUAGCCAGACCGCACACAAUUACACUAUCCUAUAUUAUAAUAUUUAACAAACUGAAAACCACAAAUCCAGACGAAAAAAAUAGGAAAAAAUGUGGAGAAAUUUCGCAGCCACAAAUAAGCAGCAAAACAGGCAAACAAGUUGUGUAGUAGUGAACAAUCAAUAAAAGCAUACACACGAAUAAUGUGUAUAAUUUGAAAAAUGAAAACCACCAAACUCGAGAGUUUCACUUUCAAUCACAUACCCAUAAUGUGCGAACGCGGCGCACAUUUCGCGAAUCGAAUCAGGAACGAAAAAUUUCUUCGGGCGGGUAAUCAAAGUAGGCACUUGGUUUU